AAUAAAUAUAAAUAGCAAAUGGGUUUCCAAUAUAGGAUCGGUUAGCUACCUUUCAUCCUCAGUGACUCCCUCAGUCUCAGGGUUUUCUCAUGUCUACUACUUUUGCUUCAUCUUGAUUUCAAUGGACCCUACUGAUAAAGAAGAUAAGGAUGUUACCUGUGUAAUUGGUGAUCGAUCAAGUAGCGAUGUUGUGGUGAGGCUACGCACUCAGGAAGGUCGAGAUGAUUGGCUUUACUGUCACUCCGAGAUACUUGUGAAAAAUUGCAAGUAUUUUGCUGACCGUCUUUCUGAUAACUGGCCAACAUGUCAGAUCCUAGGUUCACGCAACUGUGUUGAUAUUUAUUGCCAAGAAUCAGAUUUUGAUUACCAUGUUAAUUUUAUUCGCCUUCUCUACAUUGUCAUUGAUGCUUCGCUCGAUGAUUUCUGGCAUGGUGUUACAAAUGCCUUGGGCAUUCUCCAAGUCGCUGUUCACCUCCAAUGCCCCAAAAUUGUUGCUGCUUCUGUCAAUUACUUAGAAGCAGUUACAUGGGAAGAGACUGAAGAGGAGGAGAUAUUGAAAAUUGUACCUCCCAUGGGUUUACAAGCAGAGCCUAUCCUAGCUAGACUUCAACCCGUUAACCAGUCCGCUAUCAAAAACAUCUUUCUCUCAGCCAUCCGCUUUGCUACUUCGUCCCCUCCACCGUCGAUGAAUGAUCUCAAAUCUUCUGCACAAGAGCAACUUGAGUACAUGCUAACUGAGGACGAUGAUGCCCCUUUGUUGAUCGCUGAUGAUGAAAUUAAACUUGAGGUAAAACAAUGUGUAAACAGACUAUUUUCCGGGUUUAACAACUCAUUGAUACAUUUAUUCUGUGGUUCCACAGAAUCACUUUCUGAGGCAGGGAACAUCCCGCUGUUUCAAUCCUAUUUGACUGAUUUGUCUUGGGUUUGUCAGAUAUUGAGUAAGUUGGAAAUAAUGAGAGAUUUUGUUGAAUGUUGGUUUGAUGCAUCAGAAAAGAUUGUCAAAGUACUUGAACAAGGAGGUUCUACAACUGAAGUCGUUGAGAUAAAGUUGAGAGCCAUUGAGGUAGCAUCAAAGGUUUUAGAGGCAAUUGCUUAUGGUACUGUUAUAUUACCAACUGCAAAACGUCUUCAGGUUUUGAAAAUGUGGCUUCCAUUUGUGAGGGUUGCAAAACCAAUGAUUGAUUCCACCAUGAUGAACUGUGAGAGUGCUGUGUUGCUUAAAAUGGACGGUGAAAUGUGGCAAUCCCUUGAAUCCUCGUUUGUCUCUAUCAUUCUUGCGUUGCCAUCAGGGGAUCAGGCAGAGCUUUUGACAGAAUGGUUAGGAAAUGAGCAUAUCCGGUAUCCAGACCUAACCGAGGCAUUUGAAGUAUGGUGUUACAGGUCAAAGGUUGCUAGGAGAAGACUAUCAUUGCUAGAGGAAGAGGAUGUCAUCACACACUCAAUUUGAUGCAUUCCCAAAUUCUGUUCCUUAAGAUUAGAGUAGCAAUCUAAAAUUCCUGCCUAGUGAAGGCAUUUAAAAGAGAACAGCGUCUCUUUUUUGCACGUGAAUGGAGUAUUUUUGUAGAGGCGUCUAAAUUAAAUUUUCUCCAUUCACAUUAAAUCAAUGUAAAUUGCUUUGAAGAGUAUGCAAAAAAUUGUAGUUCUAACUGUGAACCGUAAAGAAUGUAUUUUUGAAAUGAUUGAUUUCAGAGAAAGGCGGUAAGCAAAAGAAUGCAUAGCUGACUUAUACUAA